GAGAAAGGACCACAUUAAGGACAGAAUGGGGGUGAGGAGGACAGGGCACUCCAAGGAAAAGGUGAAAGUCAAUGCAGCAACAGAUACAUUGAGGAAGCUAAAGAGAGAGAGAGCGAGGGAGUGAUGGGAAAGUAUGUGUGGAGGAGGUAGACACCAGGGGGAGGAGGUUUCAUUCCCCUCUCACUUUCUCAGGACUUCCCUCUCUGGACACUGCUGCUGAGUGCCUUCUCCACAGAGCCGAACUCUUCCAUAUCUGGAGCUGGAUUUGGACAAACAGUGAAGUGGACUGAAUCGGAUCGGACAACAACGCGAAACCUUUGUUUAACUUAUUUUUUGCAAAUAAAUGAUUUAUUUGCUGUAUGGGGGUUUUUGUGGACCUAAGGAAUACAAUCUCAUCUGAGAGAAAAACAAACAGCGGAAGAAAAGAUGGACGGGUGGUGAUUAACAACACAUAAGUCAUCUUUAAAAAACAUUUUGGACAUUUCUGCUUUGCUCCAAUGGCAAUCUGUUUUACAUUUUUUUUUUAUUCUAUUGUGAGUAGAUGUAACGCAAACUAAAGUCAAAUAGUCCUCAGCUUGCAGAAAAAGUAUGUUUUGAUGCUGAGCUGAGUUGUCAGACUCUGCCAGCAGUCAGCUCAUAUAAUGGGGUUAUUUAAUGAUACCUGCUAAUGUACGCUUACUCCUGUAUAGCAUGGAAGAUGAGAGGUCAUAGAUAUUUUUUAUCUAAUGUUCUGUUUCUCAACAAGUCCGCUGUGCUGGCCUCGACUUUCUCAAGCCUAAUGGGUGCAAAAUCCUGAAAAUGGACACAGAGGCUGCACCACAUUCUUUGCUUUCCCCAAAGGACGUAUUCCUCUAAAACCAAAAUGUGAUCCCUGAGUGUAAACUAUGACGUGAGGACUGAUAAUAGCUGUUUGGAUUAAGAGGGUGAGCAACAACUUGUGUCUUUAUCAGCCUGAGCUCCUGAGUGCGGGAGCAGGAGAAAAGUGACUGUAAACGUCUCUUUUUAAUGCUCUGUAAUAAAUGGCCGGUGACACAACCCCAGUUUUCCCUCGUGGGUUUAGAGAGGGAGGUUUUCCAUAUAUGUCGCCUUCAAACUAUUCUCCACGUCAGCAUCCGUGUUGACAUUAGAGCAGCCGUCGUCCAGCUCCUUGGCCCUGGUCUCAUGCCGAACACAAACCCAUGAAGACACUUAUCAACCUGACUGAUCCCUGAUCACCUCUGUAUCAAACACUUGUUGACUUGACUCUCCUGGCCCAGCUUUCCUGGGGAUAGCCCGGGCCUCUUUUCUGUGUCUCCCUGGGACAAGACCGUCUUGUGCAGGCUUGGCCCAUAGUGGGCUCUCCUGUCCUAUAGAGUCAUGGGGAUCCAGGGCAUGGAGCUGUUUGCCAUCGGCGUGGUCAUCAUCCUGUUCAUGGCAGUUCUGAAGCAGUUUGGUAUCUUGGAGCCCAUGUCCUCAUUUGAAGAUGACAGCAGCGACAGCGAUUUGGAGCUGUCGACUGUGCGUCACCAGCCGGAGGGGCUGGACCAGCUGCAGGCUCAGACCAAGUUCACCAGGAAGGAGCUCCAGUCUCUGUAUCGGGGCUUCAAAAAUGAGUGUCCCAGUGGAAUGGUGGAUGAGGAGACGUUCAAGACCAUCUAUUCUCAGUUCUUCCCCCAAGGAGAUGCAACCACCUACGCUCACUUCCUGUUCAACGCAUUCGACAUCGACAGAAACGGGUCGAUCCGCUUUGAGGACUUUGUCAUCGGCCUGUCAGUGUUGCUCAGAGGUUCAGUCACUGAGAAGCUCAACUGGGCCUUUAACCUCUACGACAUUAAUAGGGACGGCUACAUCACCAAAGAGGAGAUGCUGGCCAUCAUGAAGUCCAUCUACGACAUGAUGGGGAGUUACACGUACCCGUGUGUGCGAGACGAAGCCCCCUAUGAACAUGUCGACAAGUUCUUCCAGAAAAUGGAUAAAAACAGAGACGGCGUGGUGACCAUUGAAGAGUUCAUUGAGACCUGUCAGAAGGACGAGAACAUCAUGAAUUCCAUGCAGCUGUUUGAGAACGUGAUAUAACCAAUGAAGAUGCUCUCAGGUUUUUUUCCCCAUUGGCUCAAAUGAACACACGUGAACACUGCACCCCACACACCACACCUCACACUCCACACUGACAUCCCUGCACAUAAUGUAGCCACUGUAAAGAUACAGAAACAAGACAUUUUAUUCUAUUCGGACUGCUGCACUCUUUUAGCUGAAUGUUGCUUUUGGGAUAAAAAUGACUGUUGCAGACAGACAAAGAGCUUCCAGUGUAAAUUCCCAAAUAUCCACAUGAUGUGUUGUUGUGUGUCCAAC